UAUUGGCCCUGAAAAGCCCCUAUGGGGAGUGGUCAAUUGACCUAUGUAUAUGUAUGUAUGUAUAUGUAUAAGGAGUGGCAUGUUGUAAAUGAAAAUGGACGAGGUUCUUUAAAAUGGUGUGGUUAUGAAUGUUUAUAAUUCUAUUCUUGGAAACACAUCUUUGUAUAUUUACCAGUUUAGAACUGUAACAUGAUCUAAUCCUGCAGAUGUGCUUCAUAUAACUUGACUUAAGGAAAUUCGUCAUUUGCCUCUGUCUAGACUGAGAUCUCUUGUUAGGUGAGGAAUUUUGUGAAGUUCUGGGUGACUGUAAGGAGAUUUACAAUUGAGACCUAAGACUGAAAGGGUUAAACUCAAAUGUGAAUGCCUCUCACCUCUUCAGCAGUAAUUUAUGUAUAACCCUUGGUUGUCUAAAAUAGUAAUCAGCAUUGUUAACCAAAAAUGAAAGGUUCAUAAAUUCUGAGAAAUAUAGGUAUCUUUUAACCCCUCUCAUAUUUGAAAAAUGAUUUUUGCUUAAGGGGAGGUGUGGUGGGGGAACUGGAUCUGAUGGAGAUGGGGUGAUGAACUAAUAUCUUAAUUUCUUUAAGCUAUGAGUCAUCGGUAAUAAUCGAAUGAACCGUGUUUUCCUUUUGUUAAUCAAAUUUCAUCCUUCCCUACUCAGUGGGUUUUCCCUUCCAGCAUACCCGCAUGUAAAUAUGCGCCCGCGUUUCAACAGCGGCGCUCGAUCAAAACAACAUUUCUUUGUUUGGUUUCGUUCUUGUGUUUGGAAGAUAUGAUCGAUGGUGUCAGUCACGGUCAUUUGUUUUCUUCUCCUUCGCUUAUGACCUCGUGCUGAAUGCGAAUUACAUUUGGUCAGCAACCAAGAGAACUCACCACGUUUUGUCUUAAACUAGUUUAAGCGAGUUCUAAAAAUAUACACGUCACGUGUGCAUACAAAAGGGGACUUACUCUAAAGCUGUCGAGUCGACGAAAUUUUCUUGGUCGGAAGACGCCAGCGAAAAUCUUGUUAGAACAGAAAGGACCAUGUCACAUUGUAUGAUUUGCUUUACAGAAAUGUCUGAAAGAACCACGCGGACGUUAUGUUGCUCGGGAGUGAUAUGUUUGACUUGCUUGGAGGCACACAUUGUGUCGAAGAUAAACGAAGCUAUCGUGGCAGUAAUAUGUCCUCUGGGCAACUGUGACAGUUUAGUCAGCGAAGAAGAGAUCAGACAACGUGUUCCUGUUGAAGUGUUUGAAAAAUACGAACGUUUCAAGGUGGAAAUAGAACAAAACCCAGAGAUCAAGAUAUGUCCGGGAUGUUCUCGUAUUUAUCAACACCCAGACUUGGAGAAAGUAGAACGUGAAAAAGUCUCUCGUCCGGAAGUUAUGAAAGUAACAUGUUCAAAAUGUCGCCUGGUUUGGUGUUUUGCUUGCCAAGCUCCCUGGCAUCAUGGCUUGACGUGUAAUGAAUUCUGUAAGGGGGAUAAAUCUUUGAAAAUAUGGGCAAAAAACCGUGGACAGCCUGCUCGAAACGCCUGUCGUUGUCCGAAAUGCCAUGUCUUUAUUCAGAAGUCUAGCGGCUGCGACCACAUGUGUUGUAGCAGAUGCAACACUGAAUUCUGUUACCGUUGUGGUGGAAAGUACCAUCAUCUUAAAUUCAUAGGCAACCAUUAUGAUCGUUUCAGUAUCCUGGGCUGUAAAUACAACUACAAGCCGGAUCAACCUGCACAAAGGAUGGCAGUGCGUGGAGCACUCUUCAGUGGUCAGGUUGUAUUGGCGCCAAUAGUUGCAAGUUUGGCUGUUAGUGCUGGUUGUGUUGUACUAGGCGCUGGGUUGGUGGUGGCACCAUUUUAUACCCCUUAUGUACUGAUCAAGAGACAAAGGGCAAAACACAAGCUGAAAAAAGAGAGAAACAGAAAUGUGAUGGAAAAUUGUAGUGUUUAGGUGCAAUGCCUUUAUUUCAGUGACUAGAACUGUUAUUUAUUUAUUUAAUCACUUUCACCAGAGUGUGGUGAGGGUCGCACAACAGAGCGAGGCUCCAAAUUAAG